UUUUCUGCUCCAGCUUCCAGUCCCCCAGUCUCUAGCUCUACCCAAAAAAAAACCAGGAACAAACCCUCUUUUUUUUUUUCACUUUCCCCUUCCUCAAUUUCCAUCGCUGUUUAACCGCUCCGGCUAUGACCGGAGAUAUGAAUAUUCCGGCUAUUAUAUAUUCUGCAUCCAGAAGCAAUGUCCGUGCUUCCAAUCAUCCCCGCCUCGUCUUCCGCGAACUACCCCCAAGCUUAAAGCCAUAAUCUUCUUUUGCAUAUAUUCCAAGUUAUUCGACUUUCUAAUUGCGGUGGGAAGGUACCAUAUGUUUCUUACAUAGAAAUUUUGUGUGUAAGAUUAAGAUCAAAAUUUUCAGAGGCUUUUUGAUUGGGCGUGGGGAUCCUGUUGAGGUUUCCAAUUUUGGGGGUUUCUUGUUUUUCUUUUUCUUCUUUCAGCAAGGCGUUGCUGUUGUACCUAUUUGGGGGGGGGGGGGGUAAAUGUCCAGGAGUUUGAAUGUUUGAUUGUUAAUCUGUAGCAUUUCCUAUUAUUUGUCUGGUUCAUGGGUUUUGUAAAAUGUACUGGAAGAAUCAGGACCAGCAGUCAUUGAUUAGUCACUGUGCAACUCUGUGAGCCUGUGCAACCCAAGUAUUUGAGAGAGCUCUGAAUAUGGAGCAGAACUGACACGCAGAGCUUAAACAAGAGCAAUCAGUCCAUUUUAACUUCUAUCCUUCAGCCUAAGUCUCGGGUCUUCUCUGUUUCUUUCAUCUUCAUAUCUGUUAUGCCUUUUCCUAUGAAGAUCCAACCCAUAGAUAUUGACUGUCGGCCUACGGUUCCAGCUCGGGCCGAGCCGGUGAAGCCGGUACUGAAAUCGCGUCUAAAGAGACUGUUUGACCGGCAGUUCCCCAGUGUGUUGAGAAUUUCGUCGGUGGAAAAGCCGAACAUUGGUGAAGCACAGUGUGUGACCAAGGACGGAGGAGGUGCAGAGCCGGAAUUUGAGCCGAGCUCAGUAUGUUUGGCAAAAAUGGUGCAAAGUUACAUCGAAGAGAGCAACGAGAAACCUUUUCGGGGCCGUCACCGAUGUAAUUGCUUUAAUGGAAACGUUAACGACAGCUCCGAUGAUGAAUUUGAUAUAUUUGGUGGUGGUGGUUUUGGCGAAUCGAUCAGCAAUGGAUCAUCUGGCGAUGCCUCCGAUAUUCUUAAGAGUUUGAUUCCCUGUGUCAGUGUUCACGAGAGAAACCUCUUAGCUGAUACUGCGAUGAUCGUCGAGAAGAAUAAGAAUCACAAGCGAAAGGAGGAUUUGAGAAAUAUCGUAGCCGAUGGAUUAUCUGAUCUCGGCUACGAUUCCUCCAUUUGCAAAUCUAAAUGGGAUAAAUCCCCCUCUCACCCUGCAGGUGAAUAUGAGUAUGUGGAUGUGAAUAUAGGAGGAGAAAGACUUUUGAUCGAUAUUGACUUCAGAUCGGAAUUCGAAAUAGCUCGAUCGACUGGUGCCUACAAAGCAAUCCUGCAAUCGCUACCUUACAUCUUCGUCGGGAAAUGGGAUCGGCUAGGUCAGAUUUUAUCAAUCGUAUCGGAGGCAGCGAACCAAAGUUUGAAGAAGAAAGGCAUGCACUUUCCUCCUUGGAGAAGAGCGGAGUACAUGCGUGCUAAAUGGCUCUCUCCUUUCACCAGGCAGAACGACGCCAUUUCAAACACCAAACCCAAAAGUGGGAAAGACGAGUGUUUGGUUGCAACGGAAAGCAUUGAUGAUUGCGGAGAACUUGAGCUGAUUUUUGGUGAGAAAACGGCGCCUCGGGACACCGUUUCAUCAUCGCCGUCGAUUAUAUCCGGCGAUGAGAAAGAAAAAGUAGGAUUGGGGACGUGGCAGCCGCCGGCAGUCAAACCGAAGAGUGUAGAUAGAGGAGCGAAGAUGGUGACUGGAUUAGCAUCUCUGCUCAAAGAGAAACCAUAAAAAAUUUUGGAUUUUUUCUUUUUUAAUUUUCGAUGGAUGAAAAAUAUGAAAAAAAAUUACAUAAUUGAAAAGUAUCAUCGGAUAGUGGUACAGGUACGACCCUGUUUUCUCUUACUUCACUUUUAUCCCAAAGCUCGCAAGGCUGUGUAUAUUGUAAUAGCUACAGGUAGGCGCAGAGAACCUAUCAUCAAUGUAAUAAAAUUUUUAUAUUUCUAUA